CAUGUUUUUUUUUGUAUUCGACAUUUCAACAACGUUUUUGCCACUAUCAUUUAUAUUCAUUUGAGUUGAAUUUUUUUUUCUCCCUAAAAUUAUUAUCAUGGCCAAUCCGGUUUUCUUUCAUAAUCUACGACAAUUUAAUCGAUUAAAUCUACCUCGAUUAUUGAAUAAUAAUGGAUUCACAAAUUUCGAAUCAAAAUGUUUGACCGUACCACCUACAUCAAUGACAACAACGAUCAAUUUACAAUCAAAACGGCAAUUAUUUUCCGAUGAAGUACUUGGCGUGGAUCGUUUCGUACAAUUACGGCAACAAGUUAGUCAACGUUUUGGUUCGCAAAAACCAAUAUUUUUCGAACGUCUUGCCGAACAUAUUGCCGAUGAUAAAAAUGCGAUACUUUCGGAAGAUUUGAAAAAUCUCCUAUUCUUAUGCGACAAUACCGAUGAUCAUAUUGAUCUGUUGAAACGAGCGAUUGAUAAAUUUGAAAAACAAAAUCAAUCAUUGCGUUUUGGUCUAUUUCAAUUUGGUCCGGUUGUAAUGCGUUUAGCACGACACCUGAACAAUGUCGAUAUGGCCAUGUGGAUUUUUAAACCGAAAUAUAAAGAAUUUUUCACACAAAUAAGUUCCGUUACAAUAGCGAUGGACAUACUAUUGGAAAAUGGCCGUUAUCAGGAUGCAAUGAAAUUAUUUGAUUAUGCAACCAACAAAUUUGAUUUCGAUGUUAAAUAUCCGGUGGAUUCGGCCGUACUAUAUUUUGCUGCAUGUUAUAAAUUGAACACAACCGAGUCAUUUGAAUCGGCUUUCCGUGUACUGCGAUCUAUUCAAAUGUCAAAUAAUCAGGUUAAAUUACGUGGUCUAUAUUGUUUCCUUACAUUGGCGAUUCGCCAGAAUCAUCCAAAUAUUACAUUGGAAGUAAUAAGGAAUUUGAAUUUAAAAACAAUGAAUAUUAUAAUGCAAAGUAUACGAUUAUUAGCAUUGGCACGUAUUAACCGAUUGAAUGAUGUGGCCGAUAUUAUUCAAUUUCAAUUGAACAAAGAUAAACCGAAAAAAUAUCAAAUCAUAUUCAAUGAUGUAUUGGCAGAAAUUCUUGAGAUUGUCAAAAAAAGUGAUGACAAACACAAAGAAUUGGUAACGAAAAUUGAUUCAUUAGCAAAACGAUUACAGGAAUCAAAUAUGAUUGAAAUGAAUCGUACAUUGGAUGAUGCCAUUAUGUCUACUAUACAUUUUCAACGUCGAAAAUUUCGACAAUCAUCAUCAACAGCUAAUGAUGAUGAUGAAGAUAAUAAUUCAUCCGAACAACAACAAUGGCGGCAACAAGGGACUACAAUAUAGGGAUCAAAAAAAAAAUUUUUUUUGAAAAUUUCUGUCUUGUUCUAUACAAAAAAAGACUUCUUUAAUUUUGUUUUGCAAAGAAAAAG